CGCCUAUGAGUAGGCAAUCCGCUAGACGGAUCCAAAAUGUGUAUAUAUUGGUGACAGACUUAGGAUUAGAAUAGGAUUAAAGUGUUAGUGAAUUGUAAAUAUGUAUAAUAAAUUAGUCUUAACGUAACCACCGCGAUGUUUGGAAGUGAACCGAUCGAUCCGAAGGUGAAUUGGUUGUGAGCUAGAGAACAUUUGGUCCUAUCGAACCGGAUUUGGAAAUUGUGUUAAGCACAGUCACAAUUUAUAAAGCGUGGGUGAAAAGUUUCGGUAGAAAAUCGUUCGGCUGUUUUGUGAUUCACUCAAACAUGUUGAUGGUGCGGUGACCCUUGUCAAACAGGGAUAAAGGAAAGUUAAGGCCAACGUGGGACAAGAGCGGACUAAAGAAAAAAGAAGAAAAAAAAAAGCAAUUGCAAAGACAUUAAAACGGACUGUAAGACGAGAUUGUAAUAUUAUACGAGUUUGAUUCUGUGCACCUUGUGUGAAAUUGUGCGAACUACAGCUUGGCUUAGUCGGUCAUUGACCACGAGUUUAGGAACAGCCAUCGCGAUUAGAGAAGUGAGUGCGCAAAGUAGUAGCAUUUGUGUUCGUGUGAGUGCUGGUGAACUGUGAAGUGCGUUGAGUGAAGGUGCGCACGCAGCGGUUUGGCUUGAUAGGUCAUUGACAUUGUAGGAGUUUAGAAGUAGCCAUCGUGAUUCUCGUAAAUUGAUAGCGUUUGGAUUAAGAAUAAAGUGGUUUAAAUAAAGCAAAAUGCCUGCGGACAAAAAGGUUACGAAACUAACAAAAGUGUAUAAGGACCGCCGUACGUGGAUGGAGGAAUUUGUGGAUUUUGUGGAUAACUAUAAAGAUUCUGAACAGCGGGUAGAACUACAAAGUCAAUUGAAAGCGUUAGAAGGAGCGAAGGAUGCGUACGAAGAGGCGAGGGAAAAUUUGCUUAUUGAAGAUGAAGAAGCAGAUGAAGUGCAGAUGCGAAGUGAUAGAAGGGAUUUCUUUAAAAAGUUUCACCGUGUGAGAGGGUUUAUCAUGGAUAUGUUGAAGACUGAUGAAAGUGUGCAGCCGAUCGCAAGUAGCACGAUGGCGAAUACGACUACCGCGAGUGUUAAAAUGCGUUUACCAAAACUCGAGCUUCCGACGUUUGAUGGUAACAUUACCCAGUGGGUAACGUAUAAGGAUCGUUUUGUGUCUUUAGUGCAUGAUGUGGCUGAGCUACCGGAUGUAGCCAAACUUCAGUACCUUUUAGCUUCGCUGAAGGGAGAAGCUGCACUACAGUUUGAGCAUGUGCCGCUGGAGGAGAAAAGCUACGCGUCAACCUGGGACACCCUGUUGCAGAGAUACGACGACAAUAAGCAGCUGCGAAGGGAAUAUUUUAAAGCACUUGUUCAGCUGGAACCGAUGAGUGCCGCAACGUCAUCUGAAUUAACCAGAAUUGUUAACGAAACACGACGACUGGUUCAAGGAAUGAAACGGCUGGAAGAACCAACGCAACAUUGGAACACACCACUCACGACACUGGUAAUGUACAAAUUCGAUAACACCACACUAAUUGCGUAUGAACAUUUUGCAGUGGAAAACAAGACCGACACCUACGACCUGUUGAUGGAAUUCUGCGAGAAAAGGAUACGAAUUCUAAACAGCACAGCGCUUCAUAGCAUCGGUGUGAUCGGGACAAGGUCAGCAACAAAGGCAUACCAGCGGAAUCGUUUGCCUGACCAGAAGAUAAACAGAUUGCCGCACUCAUAUGCUGUCACAUGCGCCGCCCAGUCUUCAUACAAUGACAAAAGGGUUUGUCCAGCAUGUAAGGCAAAUCACCUCUUGUUGGAAUGUACGACGUUUGAAGCUGCUUGAAGGGGAACCAUCAAAUAAGAUUUUGUCGGAACGAGAGUAAAUGCAGUCAUUGUCACGGCAAACAUAACACGCUGCUUUGCAAACGACAGGAAGCGAUCCAAGUGGCAGCACAGGCAUCACAGGUAGAGCAGCUUACACCCAAUGGAGAAGAAACGACAACGAUUAAUGCGACAACCAGAGUAUCAGGUAGAACUAGAAACAUGGUGUGGUUGUCAACAGCACUGGUAUGGAUACGCGGAAGUGAUAAUGAAGAGUUACCAGCUAGGGCGUUGCUAGAUCAAGGAUCGCAGUCUAACUUUAUUACUGAACGACUGGCACAACAACUAAAAUUGAAGAGAUUGCGAAUGUCCAGACCGUUAUCAGGAAUUGGUGCAGUGGCAGUUACUGCAACCAGUAUGGUUUCUACCAGCAUUAGAUCGCGUGUUUCCGAUUUCCAAGCAGGAUUGCAAUUUUUGGUGUUACCGAAGGUUACAUCCGACUAUCCGAGUCAGAUGGUAGAAGUCAAUCGAUGGAACAUACCAUCAGGUAUAGCCUUGGCAGAUCCAACGUUCAACAAGCCAGAGCGAAUCGAUAUUCUAAUAGGAGCCGGCUUGUUUGCAGAGUUGCUGGGUGAAGGAAAAAUAAGGUUGGCGUCAUAUCUUCCUCGAUUGCUCGAAACAAAGUUAGGUUGGAUUGUCAGCGGGAAAAUGACAGAGGCUAUUGAGGACAAUUUCAACGAAAGCAUUGCGGGAUGUGCGAUAGAUGAUGAUUUUAAUGCUGCAAUGGAAAGGCUGGUAAGAUUGGAAGAUAUUCCUGAGGAGAAGAUUUUGUCAACAGAGGAGCAACUAUGUGAAGAAUGGUAUGAUAAAACAACACGACGAAAUGAAGAUGGGAGAUAUAUAGUGCAGUUGCCAAAGAAGGACAACUAUAAAAGGGAAAUAGGAGAAUCAUAUGAAAUUUCUCUAAAACGAUUCGGAGCAGUAGAGCGACGAAUGAAGAGGGAUACAUGCUUGAGCGAAGAAUAUCAUAAGUUUAUGGAUGAAUAUCUUCAAUUAAGUCACAUGACAAAGGUAACCGAUGAGAGGAACAAACAGAGUAUACAAUACUAUUUACCUCAUCAUGCCGUAUGGAAGCUAGACAGCACAACUACCAAGUGCAGGGUCGUGUUUGAUGCUUCGUGCAAAACAGACAGUGGAAGGUCUUUGAACGAUAUUUUGUUGACCGGACCUCAAUUGCAAGACGAUCUUGUCUCUAUUUUAUUGCGCUUUCGAUUUAACAAAGUUGCAAUGGUAGCCGAUGUCGAGAAAAUGUAUCGGCAGGUGUUGAUAGAUGAGAAGGAUCGAGAACUGCAGUGCAUUUUUUGGCGAUCACAUGAGUCAGAGCCAGUGGGUACAUUUAAACUAAACACUGUCACGUAUGGAACCGCAUGUGCCCCGUACCUGGCAAUAAGAACUUUAAGGCGAGCCUUUGAAGAUGGUGAGAGUGAAUUUCCGGCAUCAAAACGAUGGUACAACGAUUUCUACGUUGAUGAUUUGAUUUCGGGUGCCGAAUCUGUAGAUCAAGCAAAACUAAUACGACAAGACGUGGUCGAAAUGUUGGCAAAGGCAGGAUUUAAGCUCCGGAAAUGGGCUUCAAACAUGGUAGAAGCAUUAAAAGGAAUUCCAAAGGAAGAUCUAACCAAGACAGAUGUGCACGUAUUAAAUGUGGGAGAAAGCAUGGUCAGUACAUUAGGAGUAAUAUGGGAGCCGAGGACGGAUAUAAUGAGAGUACGAGUUCCUAGCAUCAUGUUGUCAUCCAGUGCUACCAAGCGAAAUGUAAUGGGUGCGAUCGCUAGGAUUUACGAUCCUCUGGGAUUUGUGGACCCCGUCAAAAUGGUGGCAAAAAUCUUUAUGCAGAAGUUAUGGAAGCUGAAAGAUGUUAAUGGAAUUUCGUGGCCUUGGGAUAAAGAGUUGCCGGAAGACUUGUGUCGAGAAUGGACAAAUUUUGCAACCCAACUUCAUGUGCUGCAAGAGGUAAAGCUUCCACGGUUGGUGUGCUCGAGUGAGACGAUUGAGUAUCAUAUAUUUUGUGAUGCAUCAGAGCGUGGAUAUGGUGCAUGUUUGUAUGUGCGAAAUGUAGACCCGUCGGGAGCAGCGAAGGUGCAGCUGCUGAUCUCUCGAUCCAAGGUUGCUCCAUUGGCAAAGCGUUUGACCAUUGCGAGAUUAGAGUUGUGUGCAGCGCUGUUAGGAAGCCGUCUAUGGGAUUUUGCAAGAAAGGGGAGGCUGCGUGGAGGGCCGUGUUUCCUAUGGACUGAUUCUAUGACAACAUGGCAUUGGAUCCAGUCCCCUCAUCAUGUGUGGAAAACGUUUGUGGGCAAUCGCACGGCAAAGAUCCAAUUGUUGACCGCUGGAUGUAAUUGGCGACAUGUACCGGGAGUAGACAAUCCAGCCGAUUUAGUGUCGAGAGGAUGUGAACCAUCGCGAUUAAUCAAUAAUGCGCUUUGGUGGUCGGGGCCUACUUGGCUAUCAGAAGCUGAAGAAAAAUGGCCAACAUUGCCUGAAGCAAGAGCAAUAUCAACAGGCGAAGAACGGAAGGUGGAGUUAAUAGCCUCUUCAGUCAAUGAAGAGACAUUUGUUGACUGGUUGUUCGAUCGUUAUUCAUCUUUCGCUAAGCUUCGGCUAAUAGUAGGUUACUGCUUAAGGUGCCUACAAGGUGUGCGAAUGCGAUCAAAGAAAGAGUCAGAACAGCAUGGAUCUUCAGUAGUUCAAUACGAGACGCUAAUCCUCACCACAGAAGAACGUUUGCGAUCAGAGCGGGUAUUGUGUCGACUAGCUCAGAAACAAUGUUUUGAAAAGGAAUUAAAUUGUCUCACAAGUAAGAAGGAAAUUCCCCAGUCAUCUCCAUUGAGAGGAUAUAAGCCAUUUAUCGACCAAGAAGGGAUCAUUCGUUUAAAUGGAAGAUUACAAAAUGCUCACAUGGGUAUAGAUGCAAAAAAUCCAAUAGCUGUGCCAAAAAACCAUAUGUUGGGAAAAAUGCUGGCUGAACAUUAUCACCUAAAACAAUUGCACGCUGGAGUACAAACAACUCUGACUGCGAUCAGACAACGAUUCUGGAUAUUUGGGGCAAGAUCGAUAGUGAAGAAAGUAUGCCACAAAUGCAUUAGGUGCUUUAAAUGUAAUCCAAAGGGAGUAGUUCAACCAAUGGCCGAUCUUCCUGCAAAUCGAGUAACAGAAGCAAGACCAUUCGCAAUAUCGGGGGUGGACUAUUGUGGACCUGUAUGGAUCAAGGCACAACAUCGAAGAGGAGCACCGACAAAGGCAUUUGUAGCCGUUUUUGUUUGUUUUGUAACUCGAGCCGUUCAUUUGGAAUUAGUAUCCGAUUUAAGCACUCCAGCCUUCUUGGCUGCACUCAGGAGAUUUGUUGCAAGACGAGGGCUGGUGACGGAGCUGCAUUCAGACAAUGGAACCAACUUUAAGGGAGCAGCAAACGAGCUACAUCAAUUAUAUGAAAUGCUAUGCUCGCUAAAGCAUAGAGAAGAGGUUUCAGCAUGGAGUGCGGAAAAUACAAUCCAGUGGAAGUUCAUCCCACCUCGUGCCCCACACUUUGGUGGAUUGUGGGAAGCUGCCGUAAGAUCAAUGAAAUUUCACUUAAUAAGAGUUCUUGGAAAUGCUUCAGCAUCGUACGAAGACAUGACCACUUUACUUACAGAAAUCGAAGCGUGCUUGAAUUCGAGGCCCAUUACCCCACUGUCAGAUGACCCGUCGGACUUUGAAGCGCUAACCCCAGGGCACUUUUUGACGGGAUCUCACUUGCAGCACGUUAUAGAGAUCGAUGUGAAGGACAUCCCAGAUAACCGUUUAAAUCAUUGGCGGUUGGUCAGAAAACGGUUGCAGCAGUUUUGGGUCAGAUGGAAGACUGAAUAUCUUCAACAGCUCCAUGCGAGAACUAAGUGGCAUGGAUCUGUAACCGCAAUCGUGCCCGGUAUGUUAGUUUUGUUACGCGAGGAUAAUGUACCCCCAACGAAAUGGCCAUUAGCAAGGGUGUCAGAAGUCCAUCCAGGGAGUGACGGUGUGGUACGGGUAGUAACAUUGCGAACGUCCAACGCGAAAGAUAUCAAGCGACCAGUAGUUCGUAUUUGUAUUUUGCCUAACCAGUGAUCGUCGAAAAGGUGAAAAGGAAGUAGCAGUUAGAGGAGUGAUUGAUAAAAUAUAGAUAAUGAGUACAACAUACAUAUAUAAUUAUAAGUGGUGGUGGAAUGCAUAAGAGAGGGAUCUAAUAUUUAAAACAUCAAUUUAUGAAAUUGAUGUGAGAUAUGAUGAAUUAAGGUAUCGGCAGAUAAAUAAGGAAAUUCAAUGAAGUGGGGAAAAAUAUGAAUUUUUAGGUGGUCGGGAAUGUUUGCGCCUAUGAGUAGGCAAUCCGCUAGACGGAUCCAAAAUGUGUAUAUAUUGGUGACAGACUUAGGAUUAGAAUAGGAUUAAAGUGUUAGUGAAUUGUAAAUAUGUAUAAUAAAUUAGUCUUAACGUAACCACCGCGAUGUUUGGAAGUGAACCGAUCGAUCCGAAGGUGAAUUGGU